UCAUGGUUUUGAAGUGUUACUAUUCGAACAAUGUAAACUAGGCCACCAUAAUGUAUUUAACGUUACUUUGGUCGUUUGUUUACUUACGAAUUAGCGAACUAUUAUUGGCUUGACUAUUUUAGAUAAAUUGUCACUCCAAAUAAACGCUUACUUUUGUAAAAUGUUUUUUAUCGCCAUAACGCUUUGCCUAAUAACAUUUAUCCCAACAAUUUACUGUGAUGGUUACUACGACGUCACCAAUUGGAAGUAUCACUUCCCAACUGGAUCUGGAAUGGGGAUUUACGCUGCGUUAGCUUUGCCCGUUCCAGAUUCUGGAUAUAUAGAUUUGUUUUGUGCGGUAUUUUUCGAGGCUUUUUAUAGUUUGCCUGAUAAUACCACGGAAUUGCAAUUUCCUCCCUUGGUAAGCGACCGGAUGUUCGGAAGGAAAUCCUUGUACGAGUCCAUAGAAGCUAAAUUGGUCUCAAAGGGUCAUAUGGGCAGAAGUUGUCUCUUGAAAGCCAUUUGUGAAGUUGCCUCGUAUACGGUACUUCAUGCCAAUGGUCUUGUUGGCGAUUUAGUGCAUUUAAUAUUCACACCAUCUUCGACCAAGAACGAGGACGAAACUUACAUAAAACCCUUCAUAGAGGCCGAAGAAACCGGUUGGAAUACCAAAAAUUGUGAAAAAUACCAUUGUCAGAUCAGCAUGUUAGAUUUAAUAAGUUCAAUAAAAUAUUAAUCAUAUUUGUUUUAUCUUUAUUUAUAUAUGUUUAUGUAAUAAAUAUAGGCUUAUUAAUGAG